UUCCGCCGUCAUGUGACUCGACACUGCCUCUUCAGUCAGGAGCCGCUCUGUCUUCUUGCGGCUUCAAGGAUCUCGGAAGUAAAUAGUUUAAAGAAAAUCAAAAUGAGCAUAAGCUUGGACAUCCGGCUUAAGAGGGCAAACAAAGUCUAUCACGAAGGGGAGGCUGUUUCGGGGGUGGUGGUGGUGAUGAGUAAAGACUCUGUUCAGCACCAGGGCCUCUCCCUCACCAUGGAGGGAACUGUGAACCUGCAGCUCAGCUCCAAGAGCGUUGGCGUGUUUGAGGCCUUCUACAACUCCGUCAAGCCCAUUACGCUCAUCAGCAGUAACAUAGAGGUGGUGAAACCAGGAAAGUUCCCCGGAGGCAAGACGGAAAUUCCCUUCGAGUUCCCGCUGCACGUGAAGGGGAGCAAAGUGCUCUACGAGACGUACCACGGCGUGUUCGUGAAUAUUCAGUACACCCUGCGAUGUGAUAUGAAGAGAUCCCUGCUGGCCAAGGACCUGAGCAAGACCUGCGAGUUCAUGGUGCACUCCCUGCCACAAAAGGGGAAGCUGGCGCCCAGUCCAGUGGAGUUCUCCAUCACUCCAGACACCCUGCAGAACGUGCGAGAGAGGAGCUCCCUACCGAAGUUUCUCAUUCGGGGUCACCUUCACGCGACCACCUGUAUCCUCAGCCAGCCCCUGAGUGGAGAGCUGGUGGUGGAGAGCUCAGAAGUGCCGAUCAAGAGCAUCGAGCUGCAGCUGGUUCGAGUGGAGACCUGCGGGUGCGCGGAGGGCUAUGCCAGAGACGCCACUGAGAUUCAGAAUAUCCAGAUAGCGGAGGGCGAUGUUUGUCAUGGCUUUCCUAUCCCCAUAUACAUGGUCUUUCCAAGGCUGUUCACCUGCCCGACCCUGGAAACCACCAACUUCAAAGUCGAGUUUGAAGUGAAUGUUGUGAUUGUUCUUCACGAUGACCAUCUUAUUACAGAGAACUUCCCCCUUAAAUUGUGCAGAGUCUGAGAUUUGGUGGAAGAAUAAGGAAGUCUUCAGACAAUAUUAUGCAGCCAUGCAGGAAAAAGAACGUUGAGAAAAGCAGAUGAAACAUCUUUUGUAAAGUUUUAAGACGACCAGCUUGAGCGAAGGACGAUCAACCCUGCUAUGGAUAAUGCACAGAAAAUAAAACGCCCCAGAGCACUGCAGAAUCAUCUGGACCGAAGUAGCAGCCGGACCAUCACUUUGACUGUUUUUGGAGCCUUGCUGAUUGAAGAUAUUUACUUAGUAUUGCCAGAUGUGAAAGGUUAAUGCUGUACCCUUUAAAUGUAUGUACAUUGUGAGGCUAACAGUAUUAGCAGUGAAUAAACCUGACACGUCAGCACUCAUACUUGUUCUAACCCCCCAUUUACUAAUUGUGGAGAUACCGAAAGCUAGAUUGAUUGUUUAAAUAGCCAAUAUAAAAAUAACACUGCAAGACAUACUUCAUACUCUAGUUUUGAGAAGUCUGCUUUCCAUGAACACGCUGCUGCAUUGCUCUUGAGGCAUGGUAACUUGGGCUGGCUUUGCCAACCUCCAGAACCCCCACUGCUUUUGGGAUAUCACUAUCCUUGUUCAAACUGGCUUUGAGAAGGGAUUUGCAGAGGGAAAGUGUUAAUUAAGACUGCUGGCAGUUUUGAAGAGUUACAACACCUUUUUAUGAAUUAAUGAGCAACAUAAGAAAUUGCGCUAAAAACUGACUUAUUAAUUUGAAUUAAAUGCAAUUAACACCUUUAAUAGUAAACACCAAAACAACCUGCUAGUCAAAUCCUAAUCACAUUACCCAGUCAAGAGUGUUUUAAAGAAGCUGUAUGCAAAGUACUUUUUUUAAUAAUAAAAAAAAAGUAAAGACAGCAUGUUACAACUAAAAUAUGCAAUCUAAUACAACACAAUCCAAGGGUCUGUAUUGAAUCAUAGCAUUUUAAAAUAACUCAUUAUUAAUGAGGCUCUCGCACUUAAUGCUGAUAAGAUUUAAUUCCAUUUAUUGUUUUAAAACCAGGUUAUAACCCUUUACAAGCAAGGCUGGUAAAAUGGGGGCUGUGAUUUUCUGUAAUUGAUUUAUCUACACACUGGUUACUUCAGUAGACUUUCCCUUGUCUGCAUGGGACCUCCUGCCUAUUUAAAUUAGGUUAUCCUGCUGAAUACCAUCCCUCUUGCACCUAAACGUGGUUGCUGAUCAAGUCCACCCCACAUGGUGAUUGACUGGACAGGGACCGUUAUUAAAACAGUUCCUGCAAACAAGAGGCUUCAGUAAUCUUUCUUAUCCAGAAUCGCUGGAUCUGAAUCCAACUGUGUAGCUGUGGGAUGAACUUGAACAUGGCAUUGCUUCAGGCUGUCACUAGCAAGAGGCUGGCCAACCCAAUAAAAAUGAACAGAGAGUGUACAACAUUGCAAUAGAAAGCUGACACUGCAGCUGUAUUAAUAUUUUUUUUUACAAAACAUUUUUUUAAAGGUUAAUUUAUAAGUGAGGAGAAAGGCUGGCAUUUGUGUGUGUGGCUUUUCAAAGAGCUUCACUGUGUAGAGCUGGAGUGAGGAUACUGAGUCACGCAUCACUCCUCAAUACCACUCUGCAGGAAGCAGCUUGAGGAGUAUUACAAACAAUAAACAAAACAGCUAAACAAACAUAACAACAGACAAAGUGCAGUGUUCAUGCAAAAUUAGCUUUAAUGUGAUUAACAAAUAGAAAUAAGGUGAUAGGUAGAAAAAAAGAAAACCUCUAACUAACAAUAAAUGAUCCAGAAAUUAAGUGUUGCCCAAAGAAAAUGUAUGGAAAAAAAAUAAGAGGCUUUAUUCUGUUAAUCCCCCUUUAAUGAUGGGAACCAUCAUCACAAUCACAAUCUUCCCUUCACUCAAUUCAACCAUUUUACAUUAGAAGAAAUCAGUUGCACAUCAACAAAACCAAAGUAUUUUGCUAAAUGUAUAACAGUUGCAGUUAAUAGCCACUGCCUGCAAAAAUCACUUGAAUUUUAAGGCAAAGCUUCCUGCGUUUCAUACAGAAAUCAAUUCACAUCAUGAAGGUAAAAUGUUUCUCAAACAUGUGAAGGAUUUCUAACUAGCAAUGAUUGGAACUUUACAUUUAAAUUUGUGUUUGGGGGAUAAAACAACACUUGAUCACUGGAGGUUAAUAUAAAAUAGUUAUACCAGUCAUCCUGCACCAAAAGCAUUAAAAAUAAACAGACCAAAACUAAGGAAAAAAAAAAAUCAGAGUUUCCAGUAGGAUCCACCCAUCUGAUCACACCAGACUCUCCCAAUUGUGCGAUUAUUCACUUGUUAGCCAACAGGUAUCCAGUGUUGAACAGUAGAUCACAAAACCUGUCAGGUCCUGCUUGCAUCAUUACACAAAGCAGCAGGCCUGAAAACCUUUUUCUACUGAACCCUGAGCCCUAUUCACAAAAGCUUUUUAGUAAUAGUAAUAAUAGAAGUAUGAUUGAAGUUUUAUAUAGGCUGCUGUCUAGUGUUUUUGAACUU